AUGGCCUGCCUCAAUUGCACGACGCGGGUCCUGCGGUUAUUCCUGCACGCAAAUCAACUCCCGCUGCGGCCACUGCCACUGCUGCGAACAGCAGGGCUGCAGAGAGUACCGGCGUAUGCGCGCCUCGCGAUACACCUGACGGCACGGAAGCAGAGUACUCUUGCGACGCUCGGCGGCGAGCUCACGGACGACGAUUAUGUGCCCUUUGACUACCACCUUGUGGGGACGGUGCCGGCCGCGAUAGGCACGGCGGUGCAGUCUGGGUGGCCGCCGCCGGUGCCGGAGGUGAGGCGCAUGGAGAGUGAGCCGGAUAUAGAGCUUACAUCGCCGCAUGGGGAGGGGGCGGCGUGGUGGGAUGGUGUGGAGGAGCUGGCUGCGGUAGAGGAGGGGGAGGGGAAGAAGAUGGUAGGGAUUUUGAAGAGGGAGGCGUAUUGGACUUUGGAUGGGGGUGAGCAGACGUAUAGUCUGACGCCGAAGAAUAAUAAGGGGAAGAGAAAGAGGGAGAGGGAGGAGAGGGAGAGGCUGGCGGCAGCGGCGGCGGCACUGGCUCCUGCAGAAGAGAUAAAGGAGGUUGAUGUUGCCGUAGUGGCGCCUGCGGUGGAAGAAACGACCGCCAUAGCGGGGGAGGAAAAAACCGACACAGCGGAGGGUGUGAGCGCAAAGGAGGGCGAAGAAGUCGAUGGAACGACCAAUAAUUCAGAGGCGGACUCCGCGGAGGGUUCAGAGACAGCUUCUGCGAAAGCUGCCAGGAAGGCCGCGAGAAAGGCCUGGGAAGAAAAAAAGGCUGCCCGAGAGGCCAAGAUCGCUCUAAAGGAGGCCCGGAAGGCCGAGCAAAGUCUAGAGAAGAACCGGGAGAGAAGGAAACGAAGAGCGGCAGAACGGGAGGCCGCCGGCAUCGCCACAGCAGAAACGGAAGGAGAUUCCUCAAAAACUCAUAAAUACGAUCAAUUCUUCUCGGACACACGAAAAGCCACCAGCACCGAACAUACCCCGCAGGCCCCGCGAGCUCCCCGGGAACACUUAAAAUCGUCGGACCAGAAAUCUGCCCUCGAAACGCCCAGAGCUCCCCCAAGACUUACCCUCCAAAAGCAGAAGCGGUUUGGUGCAGCACCGGAUGUACUUGAGGGCCCUGAGUCUCUUGAAACCGACCAAUACACGAACAAAUGGGACCUUCAAAUCCCGGAGACGGACCGCGAGCCCACUCGUCUCCAGAAAUGGGUUGCUACUGCUCCCCGGGACAAGGUCGAGCCCUGGCACAUCUACAAGGCGCGGCUGCAGGCGAAGUUCAAGGGGCAGGCCUGGGCGCCCCCCAAGAAGCUCUCGCCAGAUGCGCAGGAGGCCAUCCGGGUGUUGCGCAAGAAUCACCCGGAGAUUACGACCAAGAUGCUGGCUGAUAAGUUUGAGGUGAGCGGGGAGGCAAUCAGGAGGAUUUUGAAGAGUAGGUGGAGGGAGCAGGUGAAGACGCCUGAGAAGGCGCAAGAAUGGGCCGAAAAGUGGGCUAAGAGAGGCGAGAAGGUGUUCCAGAGGUGGGAGGAGGCGGGGAUUGUAACGACGAAGAAGAAGAUGAAUACGAUGGAUAUAAAAAAGGUUCUCGAUGAGAGGCUAAAGGCUGAGAGGCUAAAGGCUGAGAGACUAAAGGCUGAGAGACUAAAGGCUGAGAAGGUACCGACGGUGAAUACGAGUAGUGUGUCGGAUAGACUCUUAUAG